GAUUAUCCCUCAUCUUUGCUUGUGUUGCAAUGCUGGCCAGAGCAUUGUCGCACCCUCGAGGCGUUCGCAGAAUUCGCAGGCGGUGGUGAUGGAGUGAUGCCGGCUGGGCGCGUCAUUCAUCAGGUGCCUGGAAACGGCACGGAACCUUUGGCUGCCGAAAUCACUCCUCUCAACUUGUCCAUGAAGUGCACCCUUCAGUACUUUCAGCUCCUUCCUCCCUCUCGUCCAUCACUUCAUCGUCGCACUCGCAUUCGCGCUCAUCCCCCAACCCAACCAUGCCUAGCUCAUGACGACCACCGCGACACCACGAGCCGACUCGCGGCGUCAACCAGCCUUUUCCCCUUCUGGACGAUCUCUCAGUAGCGCGACCCCCGGACUGCCAGGCAAGGCAGCCGCACUCACCGCCUACCCCAAUGCCCCACUCGAUUAUGGGCCAGCAACGGCGUCGCUCGUGCAUAAGCAGGGUGAAGAGGUAGCCAUCUCGCAGCCGAACAAGGCUACGAGCGCAGGUGCGGCGUUCACGCGCUCGCUGCUGCUGUUCAUCGGCUUCAUGUUUCGCCGACCGUCCAAGCUGUUUAGGCCAAAUCGACUGGAUACAUGGGCCGGGCUACGAAGGCUCGCCGAGAGCGCUGACCAGAACCUCUCGCCGACGUUUGUGCGCGGCAUCCUCAAGCUCAAGGGCGGGCCCAUGAUUCUCGCAGUCUCCCUUCUCCCACCGCUCCUCGUCAACACGACUCUCGGCUUCCUUCUCUUCUCGUCGCACUCGUUCUUUUCCUUGUCGCUCGCAAGGUUACCGUACUUUCAGCGCGGCGCCGAAUGCGACCCAGAAGACGAGGACGAUCUUAUCAACUUUACCCGCCUGCGCGACCCGCUCGGAGACAUUGACGGCGACUAUGGCGACAAGGUUGAGGGCACGCCGGACGAAGAGGAGAUCACAUUGGAGACUAUCCUCCGUGGGCCCAAGAUCAUUCCCAAGCAUCCCACCUUGCUCUCCGCCAUCGCCGGUGCCGGCGCCGGAGUCAUUCAAGGUGCGGCGUUCACGCCUAUCGAGAAUGUCGUUCGCUUGAUCCAGCAGUCCGCUCAGUCUUUGACAGCUGCUGCGGCCCGAUUCCUGCACUUGCCUACCCCCCAGUCUGUGCAGGUGCUUGGCCCCGCACCUUCCUCGCCUGUUGAGGCUCUCCGCACCUUCUUCGCUCACGACACGUGGCACAAGUCGCGGCAAUGGUGGACCGGCUGGCGAUGGGCUGUUGCCCGCGAUGCAGCGAGCUACAGUGUAUUCUUCGCGACGUUUGACAUCACACGCCGUGUUGGCCUGCGCGUGAAGAGCGUUAUGAGCCGGCGCGCCGGUGGGCCAGUCGACGGCAGCGCGCGUGACGCAGAAGACGAGGCAGCUGAGCUGCGCGCUGCCGCUGCUGCCCCUCCCUCGCAGACACCGACAUCGGCGCGACUCGCACAGGCCCUUACGAUCGUGACCGGCGGCGUUGUUGCAGCACAUUUUGCCGAGAUAUCUGGCCGCCCGUUCCGCGCCUGUCAGCGCUACGCAAGCACUGCCAAGGCUGAGCGCAUUCGCCUCCAAGCUGCAGGCAAGGCCGUGCCCUCCCGGUACCUCCAUCCAGUCAAGUAUGUGUGGCAAACGCACGGUUUGCAUGGCUUUAUGCACCGCGACGAGGCGCCGCUGGCAGCGAAGCACAAGGCCGAAGCCAAGGCCACGGGGCCGCUGCGUGUUGUUGCGCGGGCGGCCGGGCGCGUCGUAUGGCGCGUUGCGUCCGUUGGCCCGUGGGGCGUCGGCUUUCUCGUGUUCGCCUGGAUAGGCGGGGAGGUGUAGCGGGUAGAUGCAACGACAGACUGCGGUGGCAUUGGAGUUCCGGGGGCAGCCAGUCCUCCAGCGUGCCCGCGCGAUUGCGCGGUACGUGGGUCGGAGCGGAGGCGGCAGAACCUCAUGCAGUUGGAAGCUGUUGGGAGCACAUCGUAGAUGCAUAGAAACUAGAUCCAGCACCUGUGUGAAAC